CCUAGCAGCCCAAAAUUGUACUAAAAAGUGGACGAGUGAUAAAGAGAACCAAUUCCACUUUACACUCCUGCCUGGUGUAAUCACUGGAUAGAAAAUAAGCUAAGGAAGAGUGGAAUAAUAAUGUACGUGAAAAGCUUUCCCGUGCCGAAAACGCUCCUAUUACGCGGUAUUUCGUCGCGGAAAAAUGAAGGGCUACCUGGUGUGCGUGUGUGUAACGGGAAAAGGGAAGAGCGAACGUGUGUGAGAAACGUAGAUGUCGUAACAGUGCGGCGUGAGUAGGCGAGUGUUUGCUCGUUCGCUUGUGAAGUGUAAACUGAGUUGCGAAAAUUUCGGAGAAUACAAAGUUUUCCGUUGUUCGUAAUCCGGCGUUUCUUAUGCCUACCGAAAGCUACCGGAACUACCGACAGCCUAAUCUGUAACGGCAAGUGCCAUUCGUUUCUGUCCUCUACGUCGAAUAACUUGAUCAGUGCGGGCGAAGGCGAGUGAUUGUGGAUGCUGCGCUCUCAGCGUGUACAAAAGUACGCAGCCCACCCGAGCAAGGAUGGCAGCGUGUCUAUGGAAAGCCAAGGCGCGGCGUUUAGGGGCAAAAGAAGAGAAAGAAAGAGAGAGCGAGAUCGUGAGCUGGGAAAAUGAGAGAAGGAAAAUUAUGAGCUAUUGGGCAGUACAUAAUUUCAUAGAAGCGCUUUCACCUCUUGACGCAGAGGUGAAAAACUAGUUGCUUCGAAAAACAGUCGACAGUUGAAGGGAGGUGAAACCUGCGGCUUGUCGAUCAGAAUGGAGCAACGUGGACACGGCGAGGCGAAGGUGAAGAAUGUUGCCUUGCUGAGCAAGCAUGCUCCGACCAGUUCAAGUGGUUUAAUGGAAAAUGUGAAAUCGUUUCGUGAACUAAUCAACUAAGGAUAUGGCAAACAAUUUCAAGUUGCAUAACUUAGGGGUAAUAGAGGAAGAAAAACGUACUAACAAAAUGCAAAUCGGUAGAACCACCAAUCUGCGGCACAGUGAAAUUGGAGGGCGGUGUCGACUUCUGGUGGGUCAGAGGAUGAAAGCGCUUACAGGACCAAAGGGGAGCAGUCGGCCACUGCCUACCUGGUCAGUGUUAGCGGUAGCCACGUUUCUGGCCAUCUGUUUGCACCUGGAUCCGGUGCAAUCACAACGUCCGCUCGGAAACUCGAACUUGACCUUUGGUGCGGCCCACAACUCGUCUGGUGUCAUCAACGUCCAUCCGGUUCAAACGACCAGCACAACCUCUACCGAACCACCUCGCUCCGUCCUCCCUGCUUCCGUUGCCGGCGUGGACGGAUCGUUCGAGGAUGUCAGUGUGGAAGGAGAUGAUCCUGAGCACGAGCUCGAGCACGAGCACGAGCACGAGCACGAGCACGAGGAUGAGCACGAGCAUGAACACGGGCACGAGCACGAGGGCAAUCAUGAUCAUUACGGGGACCAUGAGCACCAUGACGCGCAUGUCGGCGGUACCGGUGGAGCUGGUGGAGGUUUCGCUGGACAUCCACAGCCAAACGAGAUCAAUUCCGGCGCAAGUCGAAACGGAGGCCACGAUGGGGCACCGAUCGGAUCUCGGCAGCCUGGCACGCGACUGAUCAACCCAUACUUCCCGACGCCGGCCUCGACGAGCUCGAAAACAACCGACGCAUCCCGACGUCAGUUCAAUCCGGGACGACCUGGGCGCAACCGCAAGACUUCGGCGCUGGCUGAAAUUAAGAAACUCAGCAAAAUAUCGACAAAUAUGAAUGGGCUCGAGUCGGAGCCCAUCUCGUACGGCUCUACGACGCACCGCCGAGGCCAGGUUGUGAACCACGGGCAAGCGAAUACGUUUGGGCGAGAAUACGGUGGCGGAGGGGAUCGCGGUGCUAUGGGAGCUGGUGGGAGCGGAAGUAGUGGGAGUUUCGGUGCACGGAAUGCGACCGGCACUCGUGGCCGGUCCGAUCCGGGACGAGGUUUGGGAAUCGUCAUGGAGUCACCGGGGCCACCAGGUUCAUCCUACUAUCCGCCAGGUUCAUCCUACAGCCGGCAGGGUGACGAUCCAAUGCAAAAAUUGCGUCAGAGAUACAACGAGGAGCGAUAUCACAAUAAUCUGGCAGAACAAGGAUCGGAGAUGGACGAAAUCUUAGGCAUGAAAUGUAAUUUCGAAACAGACUGCGCCUGGACGUGGGAUGAGAACGACCAGCAAAGCUUCCAAGUGGUAACAGGCAUUAAUCUGACCGAGUCCAACCGAACUGGUCUAAUGCCAGGACCGAGUGCCGAUCCGGCUCAGAACGCCAAUGGACACUUUCUGCACUUGCGGCUGACAAAAGACAGUCCUCCGCAGAUCCUAACCUCACCCGAGUUUGGUGCGACAAAGGAAAACUGCUUUCUGGAGGUGUUCACUCAUCAGAGCUCGAUGCACUAUGGAAGUAUCCGGAUCGUGAUCGAAACGGUCGGCAAUCAGGAGUCUAGCUGGGUACCGGCGGAAAUUAUGGGCAACGAUUUGCGUCGGUGGCAGAUGAACACGUUCCGCAUCGAUCGUAUCUCGAAGGAGUUCAAAGUACUGUUCGAGAUAGUCCCAAACAAACUGGGUGGACACGCGAGAGGUCACGUAAGCAUCGACAACUUGCGGAUGGUCAACUGUUUCCCCGAUUCGAUCAGCACUAACAAUUGCAGCUACUCACAAGUGCAAUGUCCAGUGAAUAAGGUACCGAUGUGCAUCAAAACACCAAAAAUUUGUGACAUCACGGUGGACUGUGACGAGAGCGAGGAUGAAUCGUUAAAUUGCGACAAAAUACCGUUUGGUGGCCGCUGUGACUUUGAGACAGGUUGGUGCGGUUGGCAAAACUAUGGGAAUGUCAUACUAUCCUGGGCACGUCACUCUGGACCAACGCCAACAGAGAAAACGGGCCCUGAUAUGGACCACACGCACGAGAGCUCGAACAUCACGGGUUACUACAUGCUUGUCAAUAUGAAUCAGCAUGCGAAUGACAGUGAAAAGAAGACGUUAGUUGGAUUGGCCAGCAACGCCAUCAUGAACAGUGUCGUUUUCAAUCCUCCACCACUGGUCCACACAAAUGCAAGUUCGCCGUAUAGAAACUCUUGUGUGGUACGCUUUUAUGUGCAUCAAUACGGCAUGAAUCCGGGCAGUAUCAAUCUGUCUAGCGUUGAGAUACGAGAGAAGGAAAACUUCACCACCACGCUGUGGUGGAGCUCCAAGAAUCUUGGUGAAGACUGGGUGCGAGUGGACAUCAUCCUGCCGAACAUCACCACCAAGUACUAUCUGCAGUUUGAGGCACGGAUGGGAAUGCGGAUCUUCUCCGAUGUUGCCAUCGACGACUUUUCGCUUAGCCCAGAGUGCUUCGGGCUCAACAUACCAGCGGAACAUCUGCAGGGCUACAACUACUGGGAUCCACGAAUAGGCGGAGUCAAGCAGCCUCAUAAAGACUUUGUCGGAAAGUCAUUCAUCGAGCUCAAUACAUGUGGCGCUAAAGGACAACAAGGCCCUACACCUACAGAUUGUUCAUCUUCCUACAACAACACGGAAGCUGCCAGUGCAGUACACGUGAUCGACAGUCACCCGUUCAAGGGUAUUCAAGCGUGGAAGGUCCCCAACGAAGGUUACUAUACCAUUAUAGCCAAGGGCGCCGGUGGUGGGCUUGGUUCUGGCGGUGUAGGAUCGUCGCGCGGUGCCAUGGUACUGAGCGUACUGGAACUUCACAAGGACGAGGAAAUUUACAUUCUCGUCGGUCAGAGCGGCGAACAUGCGUGUAUAAAAUCAAUGGGUUACCGAGACGAAUCGUGCGAGAUGCGCAACAAGCAGCUCGUCGAGACUUGGAUGCACUCUAAAACGCAGCAGGUGAAGAAUACCAUCAUAGAGGAGGGUGCAGGAGGUGGCGGUGGGGGAACGUAUGUGUUUCUGCUGAAUUCGGCAAACACUGCAGUUCCGCUGCUUGUAGCUGGUGGAGGAGGUGGUCUUGGCGUUGGACGGUACCUCGACGAGGAUGUUCAACACGGAAAAAAGUUCCUCACGUUCAAGAAAGACGUAUCUGGUACGGCACAUGGUGAAUCACCCCGGCCAGCUGGUCCGGGAGGAGGAUGGCGAGCCCAAAUGGAUAUGGCACUCGAUCCUCGGUACGGGGCCUCCUUGCUGGAGGGCGGCCGUGGUGGUCUUCCAUGUUACAUACCUCGUGGCACGCACGGGCAAGGAGGCUUUGGUGGUGGUGGUGGCGGUUGCGACACAGGAGGUGGCGGUGGUGGUUAUUCCGGAGGUGAUACGAUGAUCAACUCGACCAAUGGUGAAGGAGGCUCAUCCUUUAUGGCGUCCAAACGGAACGUUCCGGAGUUGUCCAUGGAGUACUCUGGCGCCAACAGUGGCCACGGGGCAGUGCUUAUCAUCCCGGCGAUACAAGGCUGUGGAUGUGAUUAUCGUUGUGUGGCCCUGGACGAGUACCGGGCCACCGUUGGAUGUAUCUGUCCGGAUGGUUGGACCUUGAAGCCAGACAACUAUACUGCAUGUGAAUUGCCCACCGAGACCGUGGAAAUGAAGUACCUAAUCAUGUUCUUUGUCGUUGUUGUGCUCGUACUUUGUGCCGCACUAGCCAGUCUUAUUCUUAUACUAUAUAAUCGCUACCAGCGCAAGCGUCAGGCCGCUAUACGCCACAAAAUGCUGCUCGAGCAGGACCUACAGCUUAGCCGACUGCGCAGCACCGCCGACGAUUCGGCGCUGACCAACUUCAAUCCGAACUAUGGUUGUGACGGUAUACUGAACGGCAACGUGGACGUCAAGAGUCUGCCACAGGUGGCACGUGAAAGUUUACGGCUGGUGAAAGCGCUCGGGCAGGGUGCUUUCGGUGAGGUAUAUCAAGGACUGUAUCGCCACCGAGAUGGUGACGCUGUGGAGAUGCCGGUGGCAGUGAAAACACUCCCGGAGAUGUCGACCGGGCAGGCAGAGUCGGACUUUCUGAUGGAAGCAGCAAUCAUGGCGAAGUUUAAUCAUCCCAACAUUGUCCAUCUCAUCGGAGUCUGCUUUGACAGGCAUCCAAGGUUCAUUGUGCUAGAGCUUUUGGCUGGCGGAGACCUAAAGAACUUUCUCCGUGAAGGUCGUAAUAAACCAGAACGUCCAUCUCCACUCACUAUGAAGGACCUGAUCUUCUGUGCUCUUGACGUGGCAAAGGGUUGCCGGUACAUGGAGAGCAAGCGGUUUAUCCACCGCGAUAUCGCUGCCCGCAACUGUUUGCUGAGCAGUAAAGGGCCAGGUCGUGUGGUUAAAAUCGCCGACUUCGGCAUGGCCCGUGACAUCUAUCGGUCCGACUACUACCGCAAGGGUGGCAAGGCGAUGCUCCCAAUCAAGUGGAUGCCACCGGAGGCGUUUCUCGAUGGAAUCUUUACCUCGAAGACUGACGUCUGGUCGUUCGGUGUGCUAUUAUGGGAGGUGUUUAGCUUGGGGCUGAUGCCUUACACAGGCCUGCCGAACCGGGAUGUGAUGCAGCUCGUGACGGGUGGUGGCCGACUGGAUGCGCCCCAGGGAUGUCCCAUGGCAGUGUAUCGCAUCAUGGCCGACUGCUGGAACCCGACACCCGAGGAGCGACCUUCAUUCUCGAACCUUCUCGAGCGACUCACGACUUGCACACAAGAUCCGGAAGUCAUGAACGCGCCGCUUCCCAGUUUCUUCCGCCCGCCCUCGAACGAACGCGACACGACGAUCAUGCGUCCUCCCGGAAACGACGACUUUUGUUUGCAGGUGCCAAACUCCUCCGACUAUCUGAUUCCACUGCCUGGACCGCGGUCAGUCGCAGAACGGCUGCUCAGCGAGGCCACUGGUGUCACUAUCCCGGACACGCUCAUGACGUGUACCCCUCCAAAGACCGUAUCUCCGAGGCUGAUGAAUGGCACGGUGGUUACGGGAGCUGGCGGUAUGAUCACAGGCCACGGGCCUCAGCAAGCUCCCCUCACGACAGUCACCGAUGGAGCCUGCUGGGAAACGUCAUUCAUUCGGAAGCAUCCUGGUCAGGCGUGCCCAGCAGCCGGUGUCCCUCUUCCUCCUCCACCCACCAUGGAGUCGGUUGAAGCGACUACCCUUUCCUCGGCCGCUCAGAUCCCGCUACCAAUGCCAGAAGUAGCGGACAAGCUCAUCUCUCUGGAUACUCCACAACAAACGCCAACCGCCAUCCAGCCACCCAUCUCCUUCGGCAAUCCCAUCGGGGAAGUAGCGCCAGACCGACCCUCCGCGAACGGGCCCUCCGUAGUAGGAUUAACGAACGGAAACGGUCACAGUCACGGAUCCCCGCUUGUCGAGUCACCGAUGGAGACGGCCAAACUUCUAAGCAGUAUUCCGCCUCCAAUAACGCUCGACCCGGCGGCACUCAGCAUGCAGCAGAAUCACGUGGUCGUCGGUACGUCGUAUGCCAAUAUUCGCAUGAACCACUCCAACGGUCACAAUCACAACAACAAUAACAACAACAACAACAACAACAACAACACCAGCCAUACUAACAACAACAACAACAACCAUCAUGGUGAUCAUGGCGUGAUCGUGGACAAACUGGGCGGUGGAGGGGGUGUUGCUGGAGUAGGUGGCGGAAUCGUUAUCACCUGCGCAGCGUACGCCAACGGCCCAACCGGAAACGGCGGCGUUAACGGAACCGGAAACGGAACCAAUGGACACCACGUACAUCACGGUGGCAAUGGUACGGGCAGCGGGGACAAGGGUUCGGGGAUCGGACCAGACCCUUCGAGACAGGCGGCACCUUUCACGAUCCAAACAUUCAGCGAACGGUACAUCAGCCCCGAGAACCAUUCCGAGAUUAGCUGCUAGAGAGGUGCAUGGAGUAGGAAUGGGAAAGAGAUGAGCGAGGGACUACUCAUUUGCGUCUGUUGGAAAGUACUCGUUUGAAUCUGUGUUUUAUAAUUGCCUAGCCUGAUUCAAAAAUAAGGAAAAGUUGAAAAAAUAAGAAAUGAAAACCAAUGGUGUCGUAUGGUGAACAUGCAGCAAACGAACACGGUACACAAUAAGCAUACCAGGAACAAAAAACAAAAGGAUAACAAUGAAUCCCACAAACUAUCAUUGGUGGACAAUUGAUCACUAAUUUGAAAAAGUAUUUCGUAACGAAAGUCAAUAUUAUACAUAUAAACUUAUAUAUAUUUAUAUAUAAAAAUCAGAGAAAAUAUAUACAAAUACAUAGUAUGUACAUAAAACAAUAUGCGAAACACACGUAUGGUAACGAACAGUUUGGAUUGGACAAGAACAAAUGAAAUGCCAAGUACAGUAACAAGAAGUAAUUGCAACUGAGUAAUUCAAAGCGCUUAGACGCACGUCGACACAAGAUUUAGUGAACAAGAAAAAUUGGAACAAGUGUGAAAAAGUUUCAAAUUGGAUAAAACUACAAGCCAAAUCGUCAUGCUAGUACGCAGUAGGAAUAAAAUGUAAAAAUACUAUUCGAAUUGAUGUUACAUUCACUGGUGUAAUUGUAUGCAGCAAAGAUGAGACGACUAGUACCCUACAACUGUAGGUGGCUGCUAUUUAGAACAUUUCAUCUGAAGAACACCCAUAGAACAUAGAAGGAAAAUUUCAACCGAAGAAGUGUAGGAAUGUUUUGAAGCCCAAAAGUUUGCUUAGGUAGGGAAGAAGAUUUUUCCCAAAUGUUCAACAACGACAGAUUUACACCAAACGAAGAUAAUUUGAUCCAAGAUUCAACCAAAUAAUGGGUUUAAUGUGGGCGGGUUCAAUUAUCGUAACACGCCACAGAUUCAUAGGGAAGGAUAAGAAAAUCUAUCGCAUUUUAUGCAUUUUUGUGCAUUUUGAGCAUGCAGUUUUACUUUCAAUCUAAUUUAGUUGUACUUUUGAAGCAAAAACUAACGAGUUUAUAUGUUUCAGUAAAUAAAACAAUUUCACCUUAUACCACAACGUUUUUACACCAUAAGGUUGUGAUAAUUUCAGUGGUAUGUUCGUGUUUUAUUGAUAAAAAUACUGAAUAUCUAAAAAGUUUUUACCGUGAAUACCGUUCGUUAAGAAACAAGAAUGCUCAGCUUCAAGCGUUUUUUUGUUCGGAAUCGAGAUUAGGAAUUUAAUGCUGAACGCAGCUGUGAAUGGUAAAAGUUUUGUUUUUGAUCGGAAAAAAAGUGUAACAGGUUAGUGAGAUUGCAACAUUAAAAGGAAAACAAACGAGAACGAUAAAAAUUAUUUGUGAAUAGUAAUUUCAUGGUCGAGUAUUCCAAUGCCGUUAUCGUAAUGAGCUUUUUGAGACGAAGCAGAUGUAUUGAAUAGUAUUUCAUAAUACACACUGAAAGAUCGAUACUAAUUGAGUCCAAACUCAAAAUUUUUGUUCGUGAACGAAGUGAAAAUGAAAUUUUCAGAAUUAUGUUUAAUUUUAUUCUAUUCGGGGAUACAACACCUGCUGGAAACCAACACACCAACUUACGUUCCACAUUUUGUCAUGUCGCUUAAAACCCAUAACUAUAGGUCUGAAGUCUGAGUACAGAAGAAAAAAUAAAUAAACUAUAGUUUAAUAAUAACAUAGCUAGCAAGCGGGUUACAUACCCGUUUUGCUAGCAAAAUGACACGAAUUCUCUGAUGCCAAAAGAAAAAAUGCUUGCUCACAAGAAUGGUGAAAGGAAACAAAUACAGAAAGAGGGCUCAAUAAAGCAAGCGAUAGGGAAGAAGGUCAAAACAGUAGCCCCGUAUAAAUGGAAAGUAAGAUAUGUAGUAAUAACUAAAUGACAAAAAGCACAACUUUGUACACACCUGAACGUUGAAGUUUAAUUUCAUAGAAUUGUACAGGAUAAUCAGUUUGUAAAUCGACAUCUCGAUCGACAUCACUUCACAGUGGUGUCAAAUUGCUUGGUGUCCCGGGAUAGCAUUAAUGGCUGACCGGUAAAUGGUACGAACAGAAAUCAGGCUUGGCCAGCAAUGUGAAGGAUGAAGAUAGCCGUUUUGUAUUGCAUACCAAGUAAAUCUAAUGAGAAUUUAUGAUACGAUCUUCAACCAUUAAUGUACGGAAAGAUGAAUGUGUGUAUGUGUGUUAAGUGUUACAACGCGACAAGUCGUGACCGAAAUAAAAAGGAAUAAAAUGAAAGUCAAGCCCAACUAGUUUAAAGUGAGUUAAAUUACGACAAGCUAAAAAAACCUUAUGAAUGUGAUUAGCGUUACCAUCUUUAUGUUGUUGGCCAGUCUUGUUGAACGCGUCUGUAUGAGAAAUUUCGAACAGGUAUACAAGAAAAACAGAUGACGAUUAUUAAUCAAUUGAACAUGUGGCCAUUCGCCUAAAAAACUUGCUUUAGGACAGGAUGCUUUUUUUGUAUUUAAGCUAUAACAGUCAACAAGAAAAUAACGUUACACAGAAUAAGCAAAUCUUAUUCAUAGUGAAGAAUGUAUACAUAUAAUAAUAUAUAUGUAUUACGCCCCUACACGAGGGGGUCCGAGGCAGCCGAGCAAUUCGCUGAUUAGAAAAUCGUCCCACGAGUGCCAAAGCACUCCCUCAUCAGCAUGGGUUCAAGUCCCAACUGAGACCGUACCCUCGGCUGUACGAGCGGGCUAAUUACCCACGUACACAUAGGUAAAAAGUCUAUUAAGCCCUUAAUGGAACAGGCAUGACCAAAAACGGUCGUUACUCCAAGAAAGAAGAUACCAAAUAUAGGUUUGUCGUAGGGCUUUCAACAAAGCGUCGAAGCUCGUCGUUGGCGAGCCUAGCCAUGUUGGUGUUUAUUUAUUUCUUGACACUCUUCGAGUAAAAUUAUAUUAUUCUUUCGUUAUAGUACCAUAGUAAAUUUUUCCUAGAAGAAGUAAAAGCAACCACACUGAUGACUUUAAUUCAACGUUGAAUUCGUCGUGGUUCGAUGGAUAUGUGCGUUAUAAAAUUUAUCAUCGUGAUAAAUAAUUAGUAAUGGGAAGCCCGUCUUAGGCUCCUUAUAAAGCAGACAAAGUCGGCAACUGAAGUGUCAUUUCGAUGAUUUUAGCAAACCAAACAAAUGAGAAAUAUUAAGGAGCUAGACGAGAUAAACAGGUUUUGCAAUAACGAGUAGGGAGCAUUGCAUCGCCAUCUUGGUCAGGCCGGCCAACAUACAUACAUAGACUUAAACAUAUACGCAUAAAAAGUACCCUUCUAUUUAUUUUUAUAAAUAUACAGAACAGAGGUACGCUAGAAAGAAUGUUGUCGUUCAGGAGAUGAACACGAGACAAGAAGUGGUACACGAAGUAAUACAAGAAGAAGAGAAAAACACAACCCAAGAGAGAACACUAACAAGGUAUCCUAACGAUAGAGCCAUUGAGCACCAUUGAGAAUUGAUACGGUAAAUAAAAUAACAACAUGAACUAGAUUUGAAUGUAAGAAAAUAUAAAACUAACCUUUCGUGUAAAACAAAUCAGCAAAGUUCACCGGUGUGGGUGACUAGAAAAUGUUAAAUAAAAAAACCAAAACGGAUCCAAGUGGAAGUGACAAAUGCUUUAAUUACUAUGUGUACAUAAAAAAGAUUAGUGGAACGUAACAAAGAAGCGGCGCACUCGAGCGAGGAACAUAAUAUUUAACAGAUACAUCUAGCCAAAACAAGAAACCAUUUAAUGGACUAAUCCUAAAAGAACUUGAGGCUAGAUCAGUGUUUUCUUCGCCAGAAGGAAAACCCAAACACAUAGAACCUUAUCUAUAGACCUCGUGAUUGUGCAAGUUAAGGAUGUUUUCCCUCCCCAAGAAAAUGUUGCUUGUGAGCAUUGUUGCAAACACAGAUCGUCUCGAGUGAAAAAACAAAUCUGCUUUGGGGUUGGUACAAGAUGAUUUUGAAAAAUCGGGUUCGUGAAUAAGAGAAAGGUAUUAUGGUGAAACGAAAAUAAAUAUAAAUGUUAUUUAUUUAUUGAUAUUUAUGUAUAAAAGAGAAAAAAAGGUAAAUAAAAAAGAAUACCAAGAUAGAAAAACGAAACAUAAUUACCACAAAUUGGAAAUGGACUGAGUGUUAGGUAAAGAGAGGGUAUGACCAUGAUGAAACGGCUAGGCGCAAGGCGAAGCAUACACAAAAUUACAAGAAACUCCCAUCUAAACAGAAUCCACACGGUGCAUGCCGGUGCAAAACUCUGCAACAAUGUGAAAAAAAAAACUGCUGCAGAUUGAACAAGCGAAAAUUCGAAUUGAACAGAUGCAUCACGCGAAGCAGCGGAGACAUGUUACGCCAAACUACACAUACCUUUCUAAUCCCAAAGAAACAAUCGCACAUUCAUUACACAGUGACCCAUCCAGAACAAGCAAAACUCAUCAUGAAGAACGUUGUAAGGAAACUUAUCAUAAUCUGAUUAAUAAAC